UGGUCUUUGUUUCAACUCAGAUGACUUUUAUUUUUAUUGUUUAGUAAUCUUUGGACGUUGUCAAUUGCUACUCAGAUAAAUUGUAAACAGAUUACUUGAGUGUACAUAUUCCCCUACAGUUGGGGCAAUAGUUAUCAGUUUAUUUCGAGUCUUUGUUGGAAGCUACCUUCUGCGCCAGUGUGUGUAAAGGUUGCUCUUCAACAUCACGCUUCUUCGCAUUUGAAUAUCUAAUUGCAAUUUUAAUUGAAAUCCUAAAUAAUUCGCAACAUGAAGGUUGUACUUGGUCUAUUCGCCUGGAUGCUGGUCGGAGCGCUGGCCCUCGACGAGUGUUACCAGGACGUUUCCCUGGACUGCAGUCAGGCUUCAGAGGGAUUAACCCUUCAAAGAUGUAACGCGAAAUAUGCCGAAUAUGGUCGCCACGGGAACGUAGCCACGGAGCUGCAGGCGUACGCGAAUCUACACCUAGAGAGAUCUUUUGAAUACCUACUCUCCGCUUCGUUCUUCAACAACUACCAGACGAACAGAGCCGGGUUCAGCAAGCUGUUUAAGAAGCUCUCAGACGAUACUUGGGCUAAGAGCAUCGAUAUCAUCAAGCAUGUCACGUUGAGAGGUGAUGAAAUGAACUUCGCCCAGCGCAGCACUCAAAAGCCAGUGGAGCGUAGGAACUUCACCGCCGAAGUCCACGAACUGGAGUCCCUCGCCAAGGCUCUGGACACGGAGAAGGAGCUCGCAGAACGCGCCUUUUAUAUUCACCGGGAGGCCACCAGAAACAGUCCACAUAUGCAUGACCCUGAGAUCGCUCAAUACUUAGAAGAGGAAUUCAUUGAGUACCAAGCUAAGAACGUGCGUGAUUUGGCUGGACACACUUCAGACCUCAAGAAGUUCAUAACAGCUAAUAAUGGACAAGACCUGUCGCUCGCUUUGUACCUCUUCGACGAAUAUCUGCAGAAGGCCAUUUAAAUUUAAGAGUAAAACGAUAUUUUUUUUUUUGUUUUUACAAUAAUUUUUUGUUGAGGCCCGAUCGAAUUGUACGAAAAGAUAAGGGGAAAAAAGUAAAUUCUUCAUUUUUUAUUAUUCCAUGAAUAUAAGUUGAUUUAAAAUCAUGGUUAAUACAGGUUUUUGUUAUUUUUAUUUAAUACCACAUGCUCCAAACUAAAAAAAAAAGAAAACAAUUAUUCUUUGUAAUUAUCACGUGCUUACGUCAUUUGGUCGCCUCAAAUUUUGUUCUCAACAUUUUCCCGCCAAUUCUCUAUAUUUCAUGUAUGUCAAAACCAAUUUAUGUAAAAUUGUCGAGUUCAUGUUUCAUUAAAUUUCAAUUGGUUAUGUACAAAUUAUAGGCUGUUAUAUUAUUAAGAUUGAUUUUUUAUUGUAUGUAAAAGCAAAUAGAGUAGACAUAAUUAUAUAGAAUAUAGUAUUCCGAGUUUUAUUUUCAUAUUAUAAUAUAUCUAUAACCGAAAA